AUGGUCGGCAGUAAUGGCAGCAAGCCUGUCUUACCUGCUGAAAUAAUAUCUACAAUUCUCGACUAUUUGCCAAUCCCAGAUCUCAUGAACUUUGCGCGCACAUCGAGACGAAUGCAAGAAAUGGUAUAUGAAGAUUCGCGAUGGGUGUCAAGACUGAAAGCUAUGGGUGUUUGGAACGAAGGAGAAGCUAGGAAGAGAUUCGAAGAAAUAUUAAGGAAAAAGCGAGAGACGGUGCGACUGAGGGCUGAAGAGGAUUCUAAAAGGACUGGGAUUGGCGUUGGUGUUGGCGGUGCUGGAGGUGGAGGUGGGAAUAUUGGUGGGAUGAGGAAAACUAGCACGACAUUAUUCGACGCGGGAGAGGAGGAGCUACGGCAGCAGAGAAAAUCUGCAGAAAUUGCCUCUAAAAGUUCUAGAGGACUGGCAGACGGAUUCGAGACAUUGUCCAUAUCAGGGCAAGGCCACAUGAGCCUGCCACCUCCACCACGAACUCGAACACCUAUGCAAGAUCCAGAAGCCCUGUUAAAUGUAUUUGCAGAAGUUAGAUCCAUACGCGGGUCUGCGAGACAAGAAUAUGGAAAGAUAUAUGCAGCAUUAGGGCCAUUUUAUCACGAUUUAGCUAGAUCCAGAAGCCAUGUUGAUCCAAUUCUAUUUCGAGUUUAUCGGACACCAGAACAACAGGCACAAAUGCUAGCCCAUCUCCAGGUAUUCUCGCGGAGUGACUGGGCUCAAGGAUGGAGACAACGAGAAGAGAGACUAAUUACUAUGACGGGUAUAUUUGAGACGGCCGUGCUACGAGAAUUUGAGCAGGGUUAUGAAGCAUGGGAUAUUGAUGGUAGAAUGCGGCGAUAUGCUCAUGUGUUGGGUGUACUAAAUGGGGGUCAUGCUGGUAUAGAACUGUUCGUUCAGAAACAUCCAUUAUUUUCCGACCGGGAUGUCCUUGGUAACUCAAUGGAUUGUAUUAACCAAGCAGCAUCUGAAGGUAUAGCACUCGAACCGUCACGGGAAUUUUUGCAAAGGUUGUCCAAGAAUGUCAAUGAACAAGCAGAUAUAAUCGAUAGGGUCUUCCCUCCCGGUGAGGAUGUUCUACAGAUCUUUUUGGAUAAAAUUGCAGAAGAUAUUCUCAUGGAAUAUGUUACUCCUUUAUUUGAUGAAUCUCACGAACGAAGCAUAGCAUCUUAUUUGCAAGCUGUUUCUGGUAUCUUUGAUCAAAGUAUGCAAUUUGCAUCUACGUUGAGGCCUACUAGAAACUCUGGAAAAGACUUCUUUGACAAGGUCAAAGCCGUCAUAGCGCGAGUGUUCGAGCCUCACGUGGAUCUCUACCUGUCAGAAGAGCUUGAUUAUUUCAAAAGGCUCGCCGAAUCAGAAGUAGGGGAUUGGGAAACAAAACUUUCGGUUCAAGAUGCCUCCAAGGAGUCAUUCUAUAUGGCCAACGUUAAUCGCGUUGCUGAUAAAAAGGAUUUCAUGAGCUCGUUCAAGAAAGUCGUUAUGAUGCCUGUCAAUGUUCUACCUACAAUGUCCCCUUUUGGUGCGACUAAGACCGUGACGGCGCCCCAAGCAGGGAGUCGGUCAAGUUUGCAAGUACUCAGCGCGAGUCAGUCACCAGUACCUUCUCGCUCGGCCACUCCAUCAUUACCACCGGGUGCAAUAUCAGUUCCACUGCCGGCUGAAGCACCAACUGAUGAACUCGCAGCCAAGGCUGCUUUGAUGGCCUCAAGGCUGGAAGGGAUUCGCUCACUCUUCAGCAUUGAAGUUGCACUAGACCUUACGCAUUCCGCAAAAGCGAGUAUCGAACGUGCUGCUUUGUUCGUCAGACUAGGAGGUCAGACCGGAGAAGAAGCCCGAGAACAAUGUGAAGCAAUAUUCGUAGUGUUACUGCAAAUCCUUGGAACGAGACAUGUCAAGACUGGCUUUGACAAAGCUGUGGAUCAUCUUUCAAAAUACAACCCUCGUGAGAUUAGCGAGCACCAAAAGGGUGUAGUAGUACCGUUGAUGACAUUCUUAGAACUUGUCAAUGUAGGUGACUUGAUCUCCCAGAUGAUUGAUGUUUUCUAUGAACAACAGCUCGCGACAACCAAACUUGCGGACCGAAAUGAUUUUCUUGAUCCCGCAGUUAAAGCCAAGAAGAAAUUUGAACAAAUGCUGGAUGAACGAGUCGCAGCCGGUUUGAACAAAGGUAUUGAUGUACUUAUGGAUGAAGUGGAAUAUAUUUGCGGCACCACUCAACUCCCCACAGACUACAAUCCUCCCGAAUUCGACGCCAUGGGUAUAAGCCCAGAUAUGGAUAUUGGGCCAACUACCACUGCUGAACAAGUCGUCGCUCUUGUAGAAUCCCACACCAAGAUGCUCACCGGCAGCACCGACAAAACUAUGCUCGACGUCUUCAACCAAGAAGUCGGACUCCGUCUCUUCACCGCCGUCUGUAAACAUCUCAAGCGUCAACGAAUCUCCACCUCUGGCGCUAUCAAGCUCAUCUCCGAUAUGAAUUUAUAUUUUGUCUAUAUCAAAACACUUCGAAAUGCGGAUUUGCUACAGUAUUUUAAGGCACUGAGAGAGUUGAGUCAGAUAUAUUUGAUAAGUCCGGGUCAUGCAAAGGAAAUGGCCACGGUUAUUGCGGAUGGUGAUAGAUUUGGGGGGAUAUUUAGAGCGGAGGAGGUCUAUGAGUUUGCGGAGAGGAGGGCUGAUUGGUAUACGGUUAAAAAAGAUGUAGAGAGGGCUAUGUAUGGGAUUGGAUGUGGAGUUAUGUGA